GGAAUAUCAAGGGAGAUGGUGGAAAGAGGAGGAGGUGUUGCACAUUUUAGGCUAGCAAUUGUUGAUGGCAAAGUGUAUGUGAAAAAGUACAAGAAGCCAUUUCAAACCAGAGAUGUUUUUACUAUAUGGGGCAUUGUACAACUCACAAGGUUGUAUCCUGGGCUGGUACCAGACUUGGAGCUAGUGUUCUAUUGCGAAGACAGGCCGGUGAUCAACAAACAUGAGUACGCAGCACCCAACAAAACGUCGCCACCACCGGUGUUUCAUUACUGUGCAGAUGAUGAGAGCUUGGACAUUGUCUUCCCUGAUUGGACUUUCUGGGGCUGGGCGGAAACCAAUGUGAGGCCAUGGGAAAGCUUGUUGAAGGACAUAGAACAAGGCAGCAAGAAGAUAAAGUGGGAAGAUAGAGUGCCUUAUGCUUUCUGGAAAGGCAAUGCCAGAGUUGGUGGAAGGGUUGAUCUGAUGAAAUGCAAUGUCUCCGAAAAGUACGACUGGAACGGUAGAUUCUAUCAGCAGGAUUGGAUUAAAGAAUCCAAAGAAGGGUUCAAGAAUUCGAGAUUAGCAGACCAGUGCAGGCACAGGUAUAAGGUAUACGUCGAAGGACAGGGAUGGUCGGUGAGCGAGAAAUACAUACUAGCUUGUGAUUCCAUGACAUUGCUGGUAAAGCCUCGUUAUUAUGAUUUCUUCAUAAGAAGCAUGAGACCAAUGCAGCAUUACUGGCCUAUUAGGAACACCAACAAGUGCAGAGACAUUAAGUUUGCUGUGGAAUGGGGCAACAAUCACACCGAACAGGCCCGGGCCAUUGGGAAGGCAGGAAGCAGAUAUAUGAGCAAGAACUUAAGUAUGAUCAAUGUGUAUGAUUACAUGUUUCAUUUGUUGCGCGAAUAUGCGAAACUCUUGAGAUUCAAGCCAAGUAUACCAUUGGGAGCAGAGAAGGUAUGUUCAGAAACAAUGGCAUGUUCACAAACUGGUUUGUGGCAGAAAUUCCAGGAGGAGUCAAUGGUGAAGUCUCCUAGUGAUACACCACCAUGUAGUCUGCCUCCUCCAUAUGAACCAGAGGAACUUCAAGCUUUUCUUGGAGAGAAAGAGACAACAAUGAAGAGAGUGGAGAUGUGGGAGACUGAAUAUUGGGAAAGUUCUUAUAGAAAGCAAUAA